ACAAAAUGCAUUCAUUUUGCAAUUUAGGUGCAAGUUCAUUUUAGUUUGUUUGGUUUGAAUUGUUUUCAUAGAAAAACUAACCAGUCAGAUUUAAUUUACCAGGAAAAAAAUGGUCUGAGGUGAACUCCGGUGAUUCAAACGUACCAGCAGGUUCAUUCGUAAAAGACAAAAUACCCGUAAUUAAGAGAUUUCUAGAUGGUUAAACUCUUGAUUUAUCUUAUUAAGGUCAGUAGAUCAGUUUAUGACACUAAAAUCUAGGAUUGCGUUUGGAUGAAUGCAGAUUCAAACUGCAGUACUGGAUCAAGUCACUAGACGUCCCUGUUUGUUUAAAUUCUAGGUUUGCAUCAGUCAAACCUUCACGAAGCACAUGAUGGCACACUACUAAAACCUAUGUACUAGUGUAGACUGCAUGGUCCACAAAUGCCAUACAAUGUGAAAUGCCAUCAUCUCCCCCAUUUGUUUUAAUCUGAAAUAGUCAAAUAGCAACAGUCAUGGAAUGAUAUGGAAGUGAGGGACGGAGGGAAACAGUAGUUUGAAGAAAAAGAAAUGAGAGGUAGUAUUAGCGUGAGAUAGGGAGAGGAAAAAGAGGCAUAGAUGGAGGGAGGAGGGGUUUAAUCAUGCCUGGAUUAUGGUGUUGAUAGUAUAAACUGGUCGGAGAGCAAGAAAGAGAGAGAGAGAGUAAGUCCCAACAGCCCACCCAUCCAUCACUCCAUCCCAGACUGUUUUCAUCUCUCUACUCAGUGAUUUUUAGAUCCAUCAGGAUGUGGGGUUAAAAAACUCAGCACAAAUUAUAGUCUUCCUUGGAUGAGCGGGGUGCUGUAGUGAUGGGAAGAGCAUGACAUGGAGAUGGAGGUUUAGGUGGAUGGAGUGUUGUGACUGCUCGUGUGGAGAUGUGACCUCACCAAGUGUAUUCUGGGAUAUUAGUUUUUUUAAUGAUGAUGUCAUGGAUGGCUCUAUUGCAUCUCUUGAGCAGAGGACUCCUUAAAGAAGAGAUGGACGCAAACACUGGCGAUGCCGGACAGCGGCGCAGAAAUGGGCCACGGCGAGCGAGGCUGACGAUGCUCCCGUGGAUUAUCCUAUGCAGUUCGCUGUGGCUAAUGGUCGACGGCCAGAUGAAGAUCUCACCAGAGAUUGUGCAGAAGUGGGCUGAGUCCUUCGGCAAAGAGAUAGCGUCCCUCUCCACCAAAUACUCCGGAGCUCAACUACUUCAAAAAAAAUAUAAGGAUGUGGAGGGUGUGUUGAAGAUUGAGGAGGUGGACGGGGAGGAGCUGGUCAAGAAGUUUGCAGAGGAGAUGGAGAAGAUGCUUGGAAGGAAGAUGAAGUCCGUUAAGAGAUUAGCAGAAGCAGCCGAGGAUGCUGAUCUUUACCACGAGUACAAUGAAACGCUGGAGUUUGAAUACUACAACUCCAUGCUGAUCAACACGGUGGACGAGGAUGGCAACCCACGGCCUCUGGGAGGAGAAUUCCCGCUGGAAAAAAACGAACACUUCAGCAAACUGCCGGUCAACACGCAGCAGAGUAACAUCCAAGUGCCCACGAAUGUCUACAACAGAGAUACAGACAUCCUAAAUGGCGCGUACAUGUCGGAGGCUCUCAAUGAUGUCUUCAUAGACAACUUCCAGAAGGAUCCCACCCUCACCUGGCAGUACUUUGGCAGCUCCUCAGGCUUCUUCAGGCUCUACCCGGGGAUCCAGUGGAUCCCGGAUGAGAAUGGGGUCGUCACAUUUGAUUGCAGAAACAGGAACUGGUACAUCCAGGCAGCCACCUCCCCUAAAGAUGUGGUCAUUGUGGUGGAUGUGAGCGGCAGCAUGAAGGGUCUCAGACUCACCAUAGCCAAACACACCAUCAACACAAUACUGGACACGCUGGGGGAGAACGACUUUGUCAACAUCAUAGCUUAUAGUGACUACGUUCGAUACUUGGAACCGUGCUUCAAGGGAAUUUUAGUCCAAGCCGAUCUGGAUAACAGAGAGCACUUCAAGCUCCUGAUUGACGAAAUGCACGUCAAAGGAGAGGGCAAAGUAAAGAAUGCAAUGAAGGAGUCAUUCCAGAUCCUCAAUGAGGCUGCCGGGCUGGGCAAGGGCAGCCUGUGCAACCAGGUCAUCAUGCUGAUAACAGACGGUGCCAUGGAGGACUUCCAGGAUGUUUUUGAAGAGUUCAACUGGCCAGAACGGCGGGUUCGGGUGUUCACUUAUCUCAUAGGACGUGAAAUGACAUUCGCUGAAAAUGUCAAAUGGAUUGCCUGUAAUAACAAGGGUUAUUACACACACAUUUCGACGCUGGCCGACGUCCAAGAAAACGUCAUGGAAUACCUGCAUGUCCUCAGUCGGCCCAUGGUCAUCAACCACGACCAUGACAUUAUAUGGACGGAGGCCUACAUGGACAGCGUGCUAUUCAACAGUCAAGCCCAGAGUUUGCUUCUGAUGACGUCAGUUGCAAUGCCUGUGUUCAGCAAGAAAAAAGAGACGUUGUCUCAUGGAAUUUUGCUGGGAGUUGUCGGAACUGACGUCGCCCUGAAAGAACUAAUGAGAUUAGCGCCGAGAUACAAGCUGGGUGCCCACGGUUAUGCUUAUCUUAUCACAAACAAUGGCUACAUCUUGUCUCAUCCUGACCUCAGUCCUCUGUACAAGGAAGGAAAGAAGCUGAAGCCCAAACCCAACUAUAACAGCGUCGACUUGUUGGGGGUGGAAUGGGAAGACACCGAGGAGAAGCUCAGGACAGCCAUGGUCAAGGGAGAAACCGGUACCUUGUCCUUAGACGUGAGGACUUCAGUAGAUAAGGGCAAACGAGUGAUGUUCCUCAAGAAUGAUUACUUCUACACCAGCAUCAAUGAGACACCUUUCAGUCUUGGCAUUGUGCUGACAAGAGGAUAUGGGCAGUAUAUAUUCAUUGGAAAUGUCUCUGUGGAGGAAGGUCUCCAUGAUUUACUGGCUCCCGAUUUGACCAUUGCCAGUGAAUGGACCUACUGUGAGACCGACAUUGACCCAGCACAUCGUAAACUGAGCCAGCUGCAGGCCGUAGUCAGAUACCUGACGGGUAAAGAAUCCGAUCUGAAGUGUGAUGUGCAGCUCAUGCAGCAAACCUUAUUCGACGCAGUGGUGACUGCUCCAAUGGAAGCUUACUGGACCGCCCUCAUGCUCAACCCGUCAGGUAUGGAUGACGGCAUUGAAACAGCUUUCCUGGGCACACGUUCCGGCCUGAUGAGAUUCCAGCGUUACACUGGCAUUGAGAAGCGAGUUGGCAUGUCGUUCCUGACGUCCACCGAUAAGGAGAACAUGUUCACGCUGGACCACUUCCCGCUGUGGUUCCGCAGGGCGGCCGAGUACCCCGCUGGACAGUUCCUGUAUUACAUGCCGCGACAGGAGACCCGAGCGGGGAGAAUCGUGAUCGCCACCACUGCCAUUACGGUGACUGUAGGCAAGAAGACCGCCAUCGCCGGAGCCAUUGGUGUCCAAAUGACUCUGGAGGUGAUGGAAUCCAGGUUUUGGGCCAUUGCCUCAGAGCCAAACGACACUGAUUGCUCUGACGUGGAGGGAGUUUGUCCUCUUCGCUGUGACAGCUUUGAUAUGGAGUGCUACGUGAUUGACAAUAAUGGCUUUGUCCUCAUUUCCAAACAGCGCGCUGACGCCCGAAGGUUCUUUGGCGAGGUUGACGGCUCGGUCAUGACGACGCUCAUCAGAAUGGGCAUGUUCAAAAGGGUGUCUCUGUUUGACUACCAGGCUAUGUGUAAGAUGAACGUACACUCCAUCAGCAGCGCCCGGCCAAUUCUCAGCUCGUUUUACGCGUUGGCAUCCACCCUCAAGUGGUUCCUCUCCAACUUCCUACUGUUUCUCCUUGAGUUUAAUGUCUGCGGAUUCUGGCACACGGAGCGCUUUGCAGAUGCCUCAGUGCACAAGAAAAAGGGGGACGUCCUGCAGCCGUGCGACACCGAGUACCCCAGCUUUGUCUACGAGCCGUCAGUCAAAGAGACCAACAGCAUCAUUAACUGUGGACACUGCCAGAAGAUGUUUGUGGUGCAACAGAUCCCGCAGAGCAACCUGCUGAUGUUGGUCGUCCAGGCUGACUGCGACUGCUCCAGGCAGUACUUGCCGAUCACCAUGGAGCCCGAGGAAGUCAAAUAUAUCUCCUCAGUAAAGUGCGAGCGGAUGCGGUCCCAGAAGAUCCGCAGACGUCCGGAGUCGUGCCACGCUUACCACCCUCAGGAGAAUGCAAACGACUGUGGUGGAGCUUCCGCCGCAUCGCUCUCUGCCUUCCUCCUCCUCGUUUGUCCCUCCUUUGCCUCGUUUCUCUCCCGAUGGUGACCCGAACGGUGCCACAAGUGGAUUUAUUUUGAUCCAUAGCACAACUCAAAGUCUCAUUUUUUGGUCCUGACAACCUGAAGAACUAUUCUCUCCUUUUGUCAAGUGGUGAAGAUUGGCAGUUGUUGCCAUGGAUACCACUCCAUUAGUGACUUUCUCUUCCACCACCUUGUAUCUCCAAAUGAAUGGGAGACUAAAGAGAAGCAGGUGGCUGCUGUGACUCACGCGGAUGUAUUAUGAAUCACGUGAGCGAAUGUAAUGGAGCCCGUGGGGAAAAAAAUAUUUUCCUGAUUUACCUUCACGCCGAAUUGUAUGUGGUCAUGCCUAUCAUAUUGUGUAGCACAGGGAAGAGCGUCGACAUACUAAAUGGAGAGACACUGAUACUUAUAUAUCAGAUUGGAGUAAUUUUUUUACUUUAAAUCUUUAAAUAUUUCCAAAUAUAUCACUCAAGGCGGCACAGUGCAAAAGUGGUUCGCACAUCUUCCACACAGUUCCGAGCUUGAGGGUUCAAAUAUUGGCUUGCAUGAAUCUCUAUCCACAAAGUAGCACUGAAUUUUGCAAAGGUUGGUGACCCUUGACCUACAUUAUAACUAAAUAUUGAACAGACACCUGCAUCUAGAUGAAUGGAUUACCUAAACCGUGUUUUGUUUUUUUGUUUUUUUACUGCUCAAUGAGUCAAAUUGAGUUGAGUUAAACAAUGAUCAUUCAACAUAUGGACAAUGUCAUUUCAUUUAAAAAAGUAAAAAAGAAGAUAUUCAUCAGUAUUGUUGCCUUCUGUGCAUUAAGAGUGUAAAUCUGACAUUAUAGGGUAUUUUUAUACACCACAAGUGUUUAGCUUUUCUGAACCAAGCAUGUUUACAGCAAAUUGCCUGACUGACCACCUUGUUAGACUCAUUCAUAAUGUGUGUGUAUUUGCAACUGUCAUGUAGAAAGCAGAAUUUCUCUGUUUUAUUUACAGUAUACAAUAUAGACCAUGUGCUUUAUGAUUGUGUCCAUAUUGCACAUUGAUGAACAAAGCCAUGAUUUGGACAUUAAAGUAUCCAUUGUGUUUUUGUACUGCUCUUGUGUUCUACUGAUAUUUUGCCCCUGUUGUAAAAUAAAUACUACAGAAAAAAAUGAAUAAAGUAAAC